AUGAAAUUCUUAAUAAACCCUGAAUGUUACCACAAAAUAUGCGAGUCUUGUGUAGAUAGGAUAUUCUCACUUGGUCCAGCACCUUGUCCCUACCCCAAAUGUGGUAAAAUUCUUCGAAAGAAUAAAUUCAAGGAACAAAUUUUUGAAAACUUGGUGAUUGAGAAGGAGAUUGAUAUAAGGCGGAAAGUUGGGGCUAUAUACAACAAGACUGAAGAAGAUUUCUCCGAAUUGAAAGAGUAUAACCAGUACUUGGAAAACAUUGAGGAUAUCGUGUUCAAACUAAACAAUGGCAUUGAUGUUGAACAAACGGAACGCGAGCUAGACCAAUACGAACGAGACCAUCGAAUAGAGAUUAUUGAAAAGAAUAUGCGAGAGUCGCAAAAGAACGCUGAUUUGAUGAAGUAUCAAGAUGCAAUGGAGCGAUUGAAACAGGAGAAACUCAAGAUUCAAAAACGAAUGGAAUUGGAGGAUUUGGAGUUUACUAAAUUACAACAACAAGAUUUACUAGAUCGAAUGGCAAACAGUUCAAUGAGUAGUGAGGAGUUGAUCAAGCAACAGCAAAACCAAUUGACGAAGCGGAAUUCACAACGUAAACGGCAAUUGCAACAUAUCAACUCUCAACUCGAGCAACAGUUUAACCAAAGUAAUCCGUUGGCUAGGGGUGAAUCCAAACAGGAUGACGAGACUAAUAAUAUUCCAUUUACCCCCUUUCAAGGUGAUAGAGAAGUACACAAGAAGUACCAUUUGUUGCGGGUACCGCAAACCAUUGACGAAAUCAUGGAUAUUGAAAACAGCUCAAAGGAUAGUUACCAUGAUCCGUACAUAUUUGGAUUGGCAAAGAAUAAGGAGUACCUUGGUGCUGGAUGGAGAGUUUCGAAUGUGUUUGAACGAGCUUUAGAUGAGGCGUUUAUGGGGUUGGGUUGUAACAUUGAGAUUGAAAAAUCAGUACUGGUAUAG